AUUAUUAUGGGAUUAUGUCUCUUAAAGUAGGAAGCAGAACAUCACACAACCUUAUCCUAAGAAAAAUUGUAAUAAGAAGAUUAAUUAGAUGGAAUUCAAUUCGAACAAAUCAAAUUAAGUGAUGAAGAUAAAGUAUCACUUAUGGAUUUUGAGUUUCUUAAAGUAUGAAUUCUAUAAAUGAGGUACUUGGAAGAGGUGGCUAUGGCAAAGUAGUCUUAGUUAAUCAUAAAUCUAAAUCCAAAUUAUAUGCUAUGAAAAUUUUAAGAAAAGAUCUUAUACAAUAAAUGAAUUCUCGAAUUUAUAUGGAAACCGAAAGAAAUAUCUUAGCUUUAGUUAAAUGUCCUUUUAUUGUUAAUUUACAUUAUGCAUUCUAAACUAAAUAAAAGUUGUAUUUUGUUAUUGAUUUCAUGAUUGGAGGUACUUUCAUAUUAUUAUGAUAGGAGAAUUAUUUUAUCACUUAAAACGUAUAGGUAAAAUGGAAGAAUCCUGGGCUAAAUUUUAUUGUGCUGAAAUUAUAUUGGCUAUAGAAUAUUUACAUAGUCAAAAUAUAAUCUAUAGAGAUUUAAAACCAGAAAAUAUCUUACUGGAUUAAGAUGGUCAUAUCAAAAUAACAGAUUUUGGUUUAUGUAAAGUAGAUAUUAAAGAAGGAGAUUUUACUACAACUAUAUGUGGUACUUAUGAUUACAUGGCACCAGAAAUCUAUUUAAAAAAAGUAAAUUUAAUUUCAUAUUAAAGGGACAUAAUCAAUCUGCUGAUUGGUAUUCCUUAGGAAUUUUAUUAUAUGUUAUGUUAUAAGGAAUACCACCCUUCUACUCAUAAAAUAAAAGAUAAAUGAUUCGUUGUAGAUUAGAAAGAUAAAUUGAAAUCAAAACACCAAUCUCAGAAGAAGCAACAGAUCUUAUUAAACAAUUACUCAAAAAUAAUGUAAAUUUAUUCUCUUUCAUAUUUUCUAAGCCAAAAGAUAGACUUGGAUAUGAUGGAUCUAAUGAAAUUAAAUCUCAUCCAUUCUUUAAUGACAUCAAUUGGAAUGAAGUUAUGGACAAAAAAGUAGCUCCUCCUUUCAAACCUAAAUUGUUUGGAGAUAGAGAUCUCAGAAAUUUUGACGUUGUAUCAACUUAUCUAUUUCUCUAAUAGACAUUUACAUAAGAAGCAGUAUAAGACACUCCCAUGCAAUCUAUGGCUUAAGAAGAUAAUUAUGAUAAAUUUUCCUAUUAAGAACCACAAUUGUUUGUAACUAUGAAUGAAGGUUUCUCACUUAAUAAAUGA